UCUUGCAGGAAGGCAGGCAGUGGAGAGAGUGUUGAGCCGCAGAGACGUGCCCGGGGUGGAUAAACCAUGCUCGCUAAGUGGGAGAAAGACUCUGCCCAGGACACAAGAUGAAGGUGGAGAGGAAGACCUCCUCUACAGGCGACAGUUUCACUGACAUUCCGGUGCUACUGACGCUCUGUGGCCUCCUCCUCCUCCUCCUCUUCACAGGUGAGGUGUCAGCGGUGAAUGUGACCAGCCAAACCCAGGUGGUGAGGGGCACAGUGGGCAAAGAGGCCCUGUUGUCAGUCAGCUACUCCAGCAGCAGCUCCGACAAGCCCGUGAUUAAGUGGCAGGUAAAGAGGAACAAAGAGAAACCUAUCACAGUGGUGCAGUCCAUUGGAACAGAAAUCAUAGGGAACCUGAGGCCAGAGUACCGCAACCGUAUCCUGGUGUUUGAGAAUGGAUCGCUGCUGCUUCACAACCUGAAGCUGUCAGACGAAGGGGCGUACGAAGUGGAGAUCUCCAUCACAGAUGACAGCUUCACUGGAGAGCACUACAUUGAGCUGACUGUGGAUGUUCCUGUGUCCAAACCUUAUAUCCAGAUGAUGGCUUCGUCUGUCCUGGAGUACAGUGAGUACUUCAACCUGCACUGUUCCCACGAUAACGGCACAAAGCCCAUCUACAGUUGGCUGAAGGGAGGCAAGGUGCUGACCAAUGACUCACGCCUGCUGCUUUCACAUGACCAAAAGGUGCUGACCAUCUCACGCGUUCUUAUGUCAGACGAUGACAUUUACACCUGCACAGUGGAGAACCCCAUCAGCAGCAUGAAGAGCAUACCUGUCCGGCUCACUGUCUACAGACGGAGCUCGCUAUACAUCAUCCUGUCCACUGGGGGCAUAUUCCUCCUAAUCACCUUGGUGACAGUCUGUGCCUGUUGGAAGCCUUCAAAAAAGAAGCAUCGACCUGUCCCCCAAAGAGCUCCCAUCUAUGUAGAGCAGAGCGAGAAUGGCCAUGAUGUUGACGUUGUACCCAAACCCACGACACUCGGUCGAAGGAGUCCCAUGCCUCUUUAUGUUCUGAAUGAAGAUGAGACUCUGGAGCGUUUGGAAGAAUGUUCUGGCAAUGCUGUCAGCCAAUCAGAAAUGAGUAUCCCUGCUACCUAUGCUCCAAUCCUUCCCCCCACCUCCAACAGAACUGAGCAGCCCAUCUGGACUGCUCCACGCAGAUACACCCGCAGCCCCUCUCCACUGGCACAACCCAUCCCACAGCCCCAUCUAGGUCCUCCCCUACGCCCUGUCCGCUCACCUGCUCACUCCCCGGGUUCAUCUCCACGCAGUUUCAGCCCAAUAAGAAAGGUCCGUCCUCCAGUGGGCAUCCCAGCCAGCCACCUGCCUGUAGAGGCAGAGCAUCCAGAUCCCAGCGACCAGACACACUGUCCAUCGCAACAGUGACGACUGCACGUUCCUGGGAUGUAUGCUUUCAUUCUGUGAUAUGUAAAGUACUUGUAUAGUUUAUUGGUCUUUUGUUGCAUCCUGAGGAUAACGAGAAAAAAGGAUCGGAUGCACUAGGAUAAGAGAUGAGUUCCCUUUAACCUAACUCCUUAUUUUCAUGUUCCAUUAUUUAUGGCUAUGCACAAUAAGUCUGUAGUUUUUUGAUGAUAUCCUGUGACAUGAAAAAAUGAUAUCCUGUUCACCAACAUGUAGAAUAUCAUAUAUAUGAAGCUGAAACAGUAAAGAAUUUCCAGCUCUGGUAUAUAUUUUGCUUCUUGUUGCAUUUUAAAUUUUACUUUGAACUUUUGAUAAGUGCCUGUGCAUGUGUAAGUUAAUUGU